CAUCCCAUGCCCAAUCCAGUCAGAGGCGGCGUAGACGAUCAUCAAGAGCCCCUGUCGCGACUACGACUCGACACGACAAGACGCAGGCUGGAGUAGCAUUGCACUAGAUUCUCCUCUCCCCUCGACUGGCUGCCUCGCCCUCAUCCUGGCCCUCGUCCUCGACCCGCAUCGCGCCGCGCCCACCUCUCGCCCACGAUGCCAGCUGCCAUCCCCUCGUCCUCAUCACAACCCCUCGCCCCCCUCACAGGCGGCGCUUCCUCGACGAGCGCAGCAGAAGCGGCCGCAGCAGCCGAGUUUGCGUCCAAGAAGUACGUCUGGAUCCCUUCGCCCGACGCAGGCUACCUCUCCGCCUACGUCAUCAACGAGAACCCAGCAAAGGACACCACCGUCGUAGUAUGCGUCGACGAUGGGAGUCAGAGAACAGUUCAGAGUGGCGAGAUCUCGCGCCAGAAUCCUCCACGAUUCGAGCUGAGCGAGAAUAUUGCCGACUUGACCUUUUUGAGCGAGGCAGGCGUCAGCCAUUGUUUGAGGCAGCGCUAUCAGCGCGGACUCAUCUACACAUACUCGGGCCUCUUCCUCGUAGCCGUCAAUCCCUAUCACAACCUUCCCAUCUACACCGACAGCGUAGUGGCAGCAUACAAGGGGAGAAGAAGAGAGGAGAACCCGCCGCACGUAUACGCAGUAGCGGACGAGGCUAUGCGCAACAUGCUGGACAAUCGGGAGAACCAGAGCUUGCUCAUCACGGGCGAGUCGGGGGCGGGAAAGACGGAAAAUACCAAGAAGGUGAUUCAAUACCUCGCCGCCGUCGCUGCGGAUAUGGCGCCGGGCAGCAGCGGCAGCAACGACGCAACGUCCUCGACCUCCGCGUCGCCCUCGGUGCUGGGCGCCCUCACCCGCUCGGGCAGCUCACGCUACGUCAUGGACAGGCUGGAUGGUAACUCGGCAAUAGGGCAGAAGCGUCUCGGUCUGCUCGAGAGGCAGAUUCUCCAGGCCAAUCCCAUCCUCGAAGCAUUCGGCAACGCGCAGACGAUCCGCAACAACAACUCGAGUCGCUUCGGCAAGUUUGUGCGCAUCGAAUUUACGUCGGUGGGCGCCAUUGCUGGAGCGAACAUCGACUGGUACCUCCUCGAAAAGUCCCGCGUGCACAAUCGCAGCGAAAAGGAGAGGAGUUUCCACGUCUUCUAUCAGCUGCUGAGGAGUGGAGAGAGGGAGUUGCUCGACAAGCUGCUCCUCACGGGCAACCCGGGCGACUAUGCCUACCUGAAAGGGUCGCGCCAGAACGUCGAAGGCAUGGACGAUACGGCCGAGUGGCAGACGCUGAAGAAGGCGCUGGAUACAGUCGGUUUCAGCGGUGAGGAGCAGCACAACUUGUUGCGCGUCGUAGCGUCUAUCCUCCAGGUUGGCAACAUCGAGCUGGCCUCGGACCGCUCAGAGCAGGCGCGCAUUACCAACCCUGCGCAAGUGGAAAAAGCCUGCCAUCUCCUCGGGGUCCCCGAGUCGGAGCUCACCAAAGCCCUCCUCCGUCCGCGAGUCAAGGCCGGCCGCGAGUGGGUGACUCAGUCGCGCACGGGGAGGCAAGUCGUCGAGGAGAUGGCCGCCCUGUGCAAGACGCUCUACGAGAAGACGUUUGCGCGCAUCGUCGCGCGGAUCAACACCGCUCUGGACCGGCCCACGUCCAAGAGUACGUUCAUCGGGGUACUGGACAUAGCGGGCUUCGAAAUUUUUGAGCACAACAGCUUCGAGCAGCUCUGCAUCAAUUACACAAACGAGAAGCUUCAGCAGUUCUUCAACCACCACAUGUUCGUCCUCGAGCAGGAGGAGUACAGUCGAGAGGGCAUCGAGUGGGACUUUGUCAACUUUGGCCUCGACCUGCAACCCACCAUCGAUCUGAUUGAGAGCUCGACGCCUGUGGGGAUCCUGAGCUGUCUGGACGAGGAGUGUAUCAUGCCCAAAGCGACGGACGAGACCUUUACGGAGAAGUGUGCGCGCAUCUGGGGAGCGAACAAGGAUGGGAGCGCGAGGGAUGUGCAGGGAGCGGCAGCGGCCAAGGAGAGGGGUGUGGCGCACGGCUCGACGAAGUUUGUGGCCGCUCGCUUCGCUACAGGCUUCACCGUGAGGCACUAUGCGGGGAAUGUGGAGUACCGUACGGAGGGGUGGCUGGACAAGAACAAGGAUCCGCUCAACGAUAACCUCACGCGCGUCAUGGCCGAGUCGACGGAUCGUUUUGUGGCGGGCCUCUUCGCAGAGUACCUCCCCGACGACGAGGCCACGCCGAGCGCAGCAUCAGCAGGGCCCAAUGGCGUCAGCGCCUCGCCCGCCAAGCGUCGCCAGAAGCGUGGCGCCUUCCGUACCCUCGCGCAGAAGCACAAGGAGCAGCUCACGACGCUGAUGAACCAGCUGGGCAGCACCCAACCACACUUUGUCCGCUGCAUAGUCCCCAACGCCACUCGCACCCCAGGCGUCAUGGCGCUCCCGUUGGUCCUAGAGCAGCUCAGGUGCAACGGCGUGCUAGAGGGCAUCCGAAUCGCGCGCUUGGGUUAUCCGAAUCGUCUGCUGUUCAACGAAUUCCGCACCAGGUACGAGGUACUCACGCCGGACAUUAUCCCGCGAGGAUACAUGGACGGGCGUAAAGCUGCGCAACGCAUGAUAGAGGCCCUCGCCCUGGACGGAGGCGUUGUCAAGAUUGGGCUGACCAAGAUCUUCUUCAAAGCUGGGGUUCUCGCCGAGCUCGAGGAGAGGAGGGAUGCCUUGCUUUUCGAGAUCUUCUCGCGCUUCCAGGCGGGAUGCCGGAUGUUCACCGCGAGGAGACAGAUGAAAAAGGUGCUCAAUCGCGCUGCGGCUGUGCGGACUAUCCAGCGAAAUGCGCGCCUCUACGUCGAGCUGCGCGACUGGCCCUGGUGGCAGCUCUACAGUAAAGUACGCCCCCUCCUCAAGGCGACACGCCACGACGAGGAGCUGAAGCGCAAGGAGGCGGAGCUCGCCCUCGCGACGGAGAGAGCGCAGCGUGACGCCAAGGAGCGGGAAGCCCUUGCUGCGCUCAAGGCCGGGCUUGAGAGCGAGAAGCAGCGCGUCGAGGAGCAGCUCGACUCUGAGCGCGCCUUGCUGGCAGAGAAGGACCAGCAGCUUACGCGAUCACGCGAGAGGGAGGCCGGGCUAGAGGAGGACUUGGCGGCCAUGCAGCGCGACGUGGAUCAGCUGGACGACCAGCUCGAGCGGGCCAUGCGUGGGCAGAAGGAGGCGGAGGGUGCGCGACUGGAGCUGCAAGCCGCGUUCGACCAGGCGGCGGAACAUCUCUUGCGACUCGAGGCGGGGCAAAAGGAGUGGCAAGAGCGAGAGGCGACCCUCACCUCGGAUUUGAGCGCGCAAAGCGCCACGCACGCCGACUUACUCGCGCAACGCGAUGCCCUCGUCGCUGUGCGCGGGGAGUUGGAGCGCAAAGUCAAGGCGGGCGGGGAGGACCUGGAUCGACAUCAGAAGCGACUCAAUGCGCGUGUGAGCGAGCUGGAAGGCCUGCUUGCGGCGGAACAGGAGGGGCGAGGGGUGGAGCAGAGCGAGGUGAAGAGGCUGCGCGACGAGGUGCGCAAGGUGGGCUUCGAGCUCGAGGAGGCAAGACGGGCUGCUGAGGCUGCGCAGGGCGCGGUCAAGGAGCGCGAGGGGCGCGUGACGCUGCUGGAGAAGGAGCUCGCAGAGGCCAAGACUGCGCACGAGACGGCGCAACGCCAGCAGAGUGAAUCCGUCACCAAGCUGCGUGCUGAGCUCGCAACGGCCAAGGCCGAAGUAACGCAAGGCGCCAAGGCGCGAGAGGCUCUGCAGCGCGACCUGGAUGAGACUCGACGCGUCAUCGAGGCUAAAUCGAGCGAGGACGUCAAGCAGCGCGAGGUGCAGCGUAUCAAGGAGGAGGAGCUUGCUGGGCUGCGCAACCAGAUGGGCGAGCAUGCCAAGGAGAAACAAGCGGCCCUCGAGCAGGUCAAUGCGCUCAGAGCACAGCUGGACGGUGCGAAGCGACAGCACGCCGAGACGACUACGGCGCAGCGCAACCUGACCGCCAAGCUGGACGAACACACCAAGAAGGCGGGAGAGGCGGCCAGCGAGCUCGCUGCAACUCAGGCGGCUCAUCGUGCCACGCGUGGCGAGAUGGAGGGGCACAAGCAGCGUGCCGAUACGGCGGAGUCUGCGCUGGAAAAGCUCAAGGCGGCCAAGGGGGAGCUGGAUGCGGCGUUGAGUGGCGCCAAUGCUGAGCUGCAAGACCACGAGGACGCCCUCAUCGAGUGCGAGCGCUCUCGCUCCGCAUGGCAAGCCCAGGCCGAGGAGACUGCGCAGUUACUCGAGGCGGAGCAACAAGCGCGGGCCGAGGCUGAGCAGGCUGUACGACGUUCCCGCUCUCACGCCGAGCAGCAGGCGACAGCAAAGGAUGCAGAGCUGGCAAAGAUGCGCAACGAGAUCGCCCUCCUCUCGGGAGACCUCCGCAAGGCUCAAUCCCUCACGGGCAAGACGACGAUCGAGCACGUCCACGUGUACGCCGAGGCGAAGCGCAAGACGGACGACGAGUUGCGGGAGAUGCGUGCCGAUCUGGAGAAGUUGGGGAGGGUAAAUGCGAGUUUGGAGAAGGUCAAGAUGAGGUUGAUGGGCGAGAAUGAGGAUCUAGUGCGCGAGAAUGCGCGGCUCAAUCGCGCGCAGGCCGGAGCGGGGGCGGCGGUGGCGGCUGCUACGACGACGCUGCAAGACGGCAAGGUGCCCAGCUCCUCCUCCUCGUCGACGGCCCUCCGUGGAGUGGAGCGCGAACGGGACGAAGCGCUCAGCCACUCGCGUCGUACAGCGCUUGCUCUCGAAUCACUGCGCGAGCAGAGCGAGGCGCGGAUCGUCGAGUUGGAACGACAGCUUUCUUCCUCUCACCUUGCGCACACCAAUACGUUUACCAAUCUGCAGGACAUCGUACGACAGGAGGAGGAGAGUAAGGCUAGCGCUUCGCGACCGGGUAGUCCGUUUAAGCGCAAGUUGCUCGAAGAGCUCUCUAAUGGUCAUCGAGCCCUCGAGGCGGAUAUUGCUGCCAAGAGUCGGAUGCUCAAGGGGGCCAGAGUGGCUCCGCGACGCUCGAACGGGGGGACGCACUCGGACUUUUCGACCAACAGCAACGGCACGGGCACCACGCCCGCAUCGAUGAAGCGGACCAGUACGGACCUUGGCGGGGUGGCGGCGCGCAAUACCACGGAUGAGGCGCAGCGAUUACAGCGCGUUGUCAAGGAGCAGGCUAUCGAUCUUGCUGCGUUGAAGCAGGGGGUCGGGGAGGCGGAACAGCGUGCGCGAUACUGGCAGAGGGAGGCUGAGAGGUUGGCGGGGCACGCGGGGCAUGCGGGGCCUGCGGGGAAGACGAGCAGCUCGCCGCCAUUGAAGGGGGGAGUGGCGGGGGCAAAGGUGCCGCGUUGAGGCGUACGUGCGUGCGUGCGUGCGUGCGUGCGUUCGCGCGAAUGGACUUGGACUCUUGGAGAUGGUGGCAAGGACUCUAUCUACCUAUCUCAUCGGCUCGCGCGUCUUUCGGUCUCUCUACCCACCUGCCUACCUACCUACCCUCUCGACCCUGUAUAUCGCGCUGUGCUUGCUGCCUGAAUGUAAAUGAAUGGCGCGAAUUCGAAUCGAUCAGGA